UUCUACUAUUCAGCUAUUCAUCAGUAUCACAAAUCACAAAUAAUGAACCAAAAAACCAUAUGCAUCUUCAUAGUGUUAUUCAAUUUUGUCCUUUUGGCACAAAAAUUUUCUGCUGCUGCUGAUGAUGAUCUGCAAUAUCAAGCCUGUGAGGCAAAGAAAUGUGCCCAUGGUCCCGAAAUAAGCUAUCCCUUUUAUCUUAGGCCAGCAAGAAUCUUAUUGUGGUUUCCCUGAGUUCAACAUUAGUUGUGAUGGGCAGGGCUAUCCGAUUCUUCGCAUACCUGAAAAUGAUUACGUAGUGGACAACAUUUCCUAUGAGAACAAUUCUUUUUGGGUUUAUAAUGCUGCGGUUUCAGGACCGGAGGCUGGUUGUCUUCCUGAUAUUAAAAAUCUAACGGUGACUAAUGGGAGUAUUGGUUUGAGGUUGGUUACUGAAUCAAGAAUCAAUAUAUUGCGGAAUUGCAGUGAAUUGUUGGUAGAGCAACUUUGGAGGUACAGGGUUGGUUGUAAUGAAGGGAAGGGAUACAAUUGGAGUUUUGUAUUGUUUGAAGAUAGUGGAUUCUUGAAGUCUGCGUUGCAGGAGUGCAAGGAGAAUGUGUUGGCACCAGUGGAGAUAGGGGAAGGCGAUAGAAGCAGCGAUGUGGUGAAGUAUGAUGUGUUAUUGAAAAGGGGAUUUGAGUUGAGAUGGAAUGUAAGUAGUUGCGAAGAAUGUGCAGAGAGUGGAGGGCGGUGUGGGUUUAACGCCACCACUCUCUACUUCAUGUGUUUCUGUCCUGACAGACCUCAUUUCGCCAAAUGCAAACCUGAACCCAUAACCGAGAGCAAGAGCAAGGGGAAACUCAUUCUAAUAACAGGUGGUGGGGCAGCACUGAUCCUUAUAUUCAUGUUCAUCCUAUUACUCUGCAUUACCAAGAAACUGUCAUUUUGUUCUUCCAUGGAUCUCACAACUGAGGUAGAAGAGUUUCUUAAGAGCCCUGGAUCUUUAGCUCCAAAAAGAUUUAGCUAUUCCGAAGUAAAGAAAAUCACAAACUCAUUCAAGAAUGAACUUGGUAAAGGAGGUUUUGGUUGUGUAUAUAAAGGAAAGUUAGGCGACGGAAACCUUGUGGCAGUUAAGGUUUUGAAGGAACUAAAUGCCAGUGGAGAAGAAUUCAUCAACGAGGUGGCAAGUAUUAGUAGGACUUCUCAUGUUAAUAUCGUAAAUCUUAUUGGAUUUUGCAUUGAAGGAAGAAAAAGAGCUCUUGUUUAUGAGUUCAUGGCUAAUGGAUCCCUUGAGAAUUUUAUUUAUGACGAUAAAUCUUUGAUGAGUCGUCAAUUGGGAUGGAACAUGUUAUAUAAAAUAUCAAUAGGCGUAGCGAGAGGGUUAGAGUACUUGCAUCGUGGCUGCAACACUCGCAUCCUACACUUGGAUAUAAAGCCUCAUAAUAUUCUUCUAGAUGAAGACUUCUCUCCCAAAAUUUCAGAUUUUGGUCUUGCUAAGCUAUGCACCAAACAGGAAAGCAUUGUGUCACUCCUUGGUGCACGAGGAACUAUCGGAUAUAUUGCUCCAGAAGUUGUUUGCAAAAACAUUGGAGGGGUUUCUCACAAGUCAGAUGUCUACAGUUAUGGAAUGGUGGUCCUCGAGAUGGUUGGAGGACGAAGGAAUGUUGAUAAUGGAGUUAGUCGCAAUAGUAAAAUAUACUUUCCACAUUGGAUUUACACGCGUCUUGUGUUAGAUGAUGAGCUUGGUUUAAAUGGAGUAACUAAUGAAGAGGAGAACGAGUGUGCAAGAAAGAUGAUAAUAGUAAGCUUAUGGUGCAUACAAACUGAUCCAUCAACUAGACCAUCAAUGUCUAGGGUAGUGGAAAUGUUAGAAGGUAAAGUGGAAGAUUUGCCAAUUCCCCCUAAGCCUUACCUCUAUUCCUCCACAGAAUCAGAGGAACAACACUCAUCCCCAAAACCUUACAUCGAUUCCUUAACAAGUUCAGAAGAACAAUACUCAUCCUCUAUGUUUAUAACUUAGUACAUGAUUCUUGAUUUCAUUAUAGAAUGUUUUUCAUACAUUACAAUCUAGUUCCAUUGGUACAUUGUGAGCUUAAAUCUUGUCUUAUUUAAAUUAAUUUUAUGAGUUGCAAAUUGCAAUGACCA